AACUUGGCUGGGCUGCGCGGGCGGCUGGUUCAGAGCUGCUUCGGGAACCGGAGAGAGUGGGUCGGUACCAGGACCGGAAGGCGGAGCCGGGCAGAGCACAUGGAAGGCUGAGCCGAAUUUCUCUGGUGAGCCGGCGUCCCUCUCAGCACCGAACUAGCCGCCUCUCGGCCUGCGCGCUUUGGUGGCGGUGGAAGAGAUCGCCGAGCGUUUGGGGGACAAAAGGAAGCCGGCAGCAUGUCCGAGGAGGCGCUUUUGAGCAUGGACGAGGGGACACUCCGGAAACUGCUGGAGGCCACGCUGGACCUGGCCGAGCGUCGGCAGAUCCGCUCCGCGAUCCGGGAGCUGCGGCGGCAGGAGCUGGAGCGCGAUGAGGAGGCGCUGGCGUCCAAGCGCUUCCGGACGGAGCGGCAGGAGAACAAGGAGAACCUGCUGCGUUCCCGGCGGCGGGAGGAGGAGGAGCGGCAGCAGAGGUCCUUGGAUGUUCUCUCCAGGAAGCUCGAGGCCAUGCAGGACGUGGAGCAGCUGACGACCCUGCUGCGAGGGGCCAGUGAAUAUGAAGAGCGCAAACUGAUCCGUGCCGCCAUCCGCAAACUGCGCGCUGAAGAAAUCGAGGCCGCCACCUUGGCAGGGAAGGGUUACUACAACCGGAGGAACACAAAGGAGGCUUUGGAGUCCAAGGGACAGGAAGACAGCUCUGCAGAUGCAAGUAACACAGAGGCACAGGAGGCAGCAGAGCGGGAGCUGAUCAGGGCCCAGAUCCGGGAGCUGCGGAGCCAUCAGCAGGGAGAGACGAAGCCGGCAGAGGUGCCAGCAGCCUGCUCAUCAGGGACAUUCCUGCUCCUGGACCCUGUCCCUCGCCAGCCUCCUUCGGAGUCAUCCUCGUUCCCGGAGAGCAGCUUGGACGCCGAGCCCGGCUCCCAGGGCCCCCAGGCCAGCUCCCACGAAAGUGAUUCCGGCUUGGCCUCUCCGCCCGCUGCCGAGGGGGAGCACGACCCAGCGGCGCUGGAGGGCAGCGAGGCAUUGGGGCCCCCUGAAGGAGCAGCCAUGCUGGGGUUGCCGGACGCCCCCGCCGCCGGAGGAGGUACCUGCGCAGGAGAGGGACCGUGCCCAAGGCUGCCCAGCGAGGAGAACGAGAACGAGAGGGGAGGCGCGCCUGAACCUGCUCCCUCUGCCACAGACACGGGGCAAGGCAAGAGCAGCGGCCCCCCGCCUGCUGCCCCCCAGCAUGUGCCUCAAGCCCUGGAGGAAGAAGCAAGCGCAGCAGGCGAGAAGGAAGACGCCCCUCUGCAGGUGACCCCCAGGAGCUCAGCGGCCACUGACACGGAGUGCUGUGAAGCCACAAGGCCUGCGCCGUUCCCAAAGACCAGCGCAGAUCCUCGCCCGGAGAAGCCCUGCCAGAGGUCCGGCUCCGUGUGGGAGCGCGCGCGCAAGUUCAGCUCGGAGCCCCGCGCCCAGGGGACUGCCUCGCCAGUGCCCCAGAAGGGGGAGGGCUCCGGCAGGGGCCCGCGCGCCCCGCAGCAGCAGCGGUUUCUGCAGCCCCCGCGCCCGGCGGACUCACCUGCUGGGGCCCCGAGCGGUGGCGGGACCGGCACCGGCACCGGCACCGGCCAUGCGCUGCAGGAGGGCGGCGGGCGCUGGGCAGGGCAGCCUCCACAGCCCUCUCCGGCCAAGGCUGGGGCUGGGCGGCCUCCGGAGGCGGGCGGUCCCCGGGGGCGGAGCCAGGGCAGCCAAUGGCCGGGCAGCCCGCUCGCCCCUGCCCGGCAGCCGCUUGAAAACGCCAAGGGCGGCCGUGCGGGUCCAGAGCAGCCCCACGCGCCGCCGAGCAGCGCCCCGCCGCCCCCGGCCCGCCCCCUGAGCCCCGACCCCACGGGCGCCAUGAAGACCCUGCUCACCAUCGAGAUCAAGGAUGGCCGCAGCCAGCCCGUGCGGAGCCGCGUCGUGGGCGCGCCCGGCAGCCAGCGGGCAGAGCUCACCCUGGGGCUGAGAAGUGCCCCAAUCCGCAUCACCACCAGCAGCACUGGCAGUGUUGGCACAACCAGCCAUGGCGGCGGCGGCGGGACCAGUGUCCUCAAGAUGGAUGCCGAGCGGCCGGAGCACCCCGAGGCGGGGGAAGUGGCGCUGCCGAACGGCACAGGGAAGGAGAGAGCCCAGGCCCAGGAGCUGCGCCAGCAAGGGCGCCGGAGCGCCGAAGACCUGGGCAAGAUCGAGGACGAGGAGGUGCUGGACAAGAUGCUGGAUCAGACCACAGACUUCGAGGAGCGGCGGUUGAUCCGGGCAGCCAUGCGGGAACUGCGCCAACGGAAGCGAGAGCAGCGGGAGAAGGAGCGCAGCCAGCUGCUGCAGGAGGCCAAGGCGAAGGAGGCCAGCCGCACCACGGAGACCACCUCCCGGCAGAGCGCCGUGUCGGCGGAUGGCUCAGCCGUCAGCACGGUCACGAAGACGCAGCGCCUCGUCCAGUCCAAUGACGGCAGCAAAACGUCCCGCAUGACGACGAUGGAGUCGAGCUACGUGAAGAGAGGGGGAAAUGGCAACACCUUCAUCCAGACCAAGUCCUCCUACAGCUCCUCGUCCUCCAAGAAAGUGGGCAGUGUCUUUGAGCGGGAGGACCAGAGCCCCGGGCGGUCCGGCAGCCUGGCCGCGCUGGAGAGGCGCCAGGCCGAGAAGAAGAAGGAGCUGCUGAAGGCGCAGAGCUCGCCCAAGGUGUCGGCUGCGCAGGCGCGCAAGGCCAUGAUUGAGAAGCUGGAGAAGGAGGCAGGCAGCCCUGCAAACCCUGCCGUGUCGCGGGUGGCCGUGCAGCGCUCCGCGAGCUUUGGCGUCCCCAACGCCAACAGCAUCAAGCAAAUGCUCUUGGACUGGUGCCGUGCCAAGACCCGUGGGUACGAGCAUGUCGACAUCCAGAACUUCUCCUCCAGCUGGAGUGACGGAAUGGCCUUCUGCGCCCUCGUCCACCACUUCUUCCCGGAGGCCUUCGAUUACGCACAGCUCUCACCGCAGGACCGGCGGCGCAACUUUGAGAUGGCCUUCUCCUCCGCAGAGACACGCGCAGAGUGCCCGCAGCUGCUGGACGUGGAGGACAUGGUCCGGAUGAGGGAGCCCGACUGGAAGUUGCUCGUGGACUGCGUGCCGCUGGUGGACGUGGAAGACAUGAUGAUCAUGGGGAAGCGUCCGGAUGCCAAGUGCGUCUUCACCUACGUGCAGUCCCUGUACAACCACCUGCGGCGCCAUGAGCUCCGGAUGCGGCAGCAGCACUUCUAGCCUUCCUCCCCGCCCUCCCGGGGCUGCAUCUUCUCCCAGGAGCCCCCCCCCCCGGAACAUCUGGCCUGGCCUUGGCGGGGGCGGCUUCACCCCCUUACCCCACGCCACCCCGCACUCCUCCCACCUCCCCUCUGGAAAGUCCCCGCUCGCGAGGGGGGCAGCACCCCCUGCUGCAGCAGGCUGGGCAGUUGGCAAUUCAGGCUUGCUCGAAGGGGGUGGCCAAGAGUGUGCCCCCAGGAGGAGGCCAGGCCCUCGGCCUCCUCUCUCCACACGUGCUUUUUGUAAGGUUGUUGCUGUUCUUGUUGUUUCCUGUAAGUUAUUCCUUUUUUAAGAAACGGCUCCUUGUCGCCGGCACAGAACUGCUCCUCCCUCCCCACCUGGCACGACAGAGGCGCCCAGCACGGCGCAGCGGGAUGUGUGAGGCUCAGCCGCCGCCUUGGCUCCCCCCACCUGGGGCUUCCAGGCAUGUUGGACCCCCCGGGUUGCAGCUCCACCCAUCGGGGGGCCCCGGUGGGGAAAGCAGUGCUGGACCGUGGGCACUCGGGAUGCUCUGCUGCGCUCGGUAUGAGCUUCCACCUGCUGUAGGUGGCCUUGGGGGCCUGAAGCUGCCUGGGGCGCGGCCACAGAGAAGGGGGCCAGCCAGCCGCAAGGGACAGGUGGACAGCCCAGGCAGCUCCCAGAGACACCUGCGCUUCUCCUGGCCGCGACUGCACCUGCCACGGAGGAAGCAUACAAAUAUUUUUGAGAUAAGGGGGGGGGGGCUCUUGGUGCCCAGGGCCAAUGAGUUUCUGACCACUGCUCCCAGGCUGGCGGCCACCUCUGCGGCCUCAGACAGUGGCCUUGUUUCUCAGCCCAGCUUGGCUGAUCGGCAGGCCUUGAACCUGUGACCUUCUGCAUGCAAAGUGCCAGUUUUGCGCCACGGCCGAGCCGUCCUUCCCUGGCCCCCUUGCAGGAGAGGCCCCCGCCUGGCCUCCCACAGAGGGGGGAGCUAGCCAGAUGCAGGCUGCACCCGUGGAGCUGCCCCGCCCCCCUUUGCGCACCGCGAGGGUGUCACGGCUGGGCCGGCAUGUGGCCCGGGCUUGAUUUAGCGGGGCAAUUCCUUUGCACCCUUGGCACUUUGCAGCCUGUGCCGCCUCCGGGCCACGAAAGGGAGCCGCUGGGGAGGCGGAGUGGUCCAGCGCCGAGGCCUGCAAUCCUCGUGGGUGCCAGGAGCUCGCCUGGGAGUGCGUAAGCCGGGGGGGUGCCCAGCCCGCACGGGCUGAACUGGCCUCCCUGGGUCUCGCUGAGGCUGCGAAAGCAGCAGGGGAAGGAGAGGACUGCUUCGAGCCAAACGCGCUCCUCGCUGCACAGGGAUGGUGAAAGGCGCAUUCUGCACGGACUCGGGGAUGCUCUUCCGGCACAUCGUUCCAGCAAACGCACUGCUCGUGCAUUGCCAUUGCCGGGCCCUGAACCCCCAGCGGGUCCCAGCGCAUUGCCCCUCUCGUGCACAGAGGGCACAGCAGGGCUUCUGCGCAUAGCUUGCGUGGCUGCCCCGGCCACCUGCCAGCGACCAUUCUGCUCCGCAUGCCCGGCUGCCGGGCACGGGCGACUUUUGUCCCCGGAGCAUGGCCGUCUUCCUCAGGGAUGCGCCAUUCCAUAGGGUCCCCAAGGGAGCAGGUGGGCAUGACUGGACUCUGGGGGGGGGGGGGUGCCCAGGCGAAGGGGUCGGUCUCCUUCCCGCACCGCUCGGCCACACGCUGGAUUUGUAACUGUUCUGACACCAAGCACAAGAGACUGUAUCGGCACCAGCACAACAAUAAAGUUUGGAUAGGCUG